AUGUUUUUAAGUUUGUUAUAUUUCUAAACGUCAUUAACAAUUCGUCGUUACAUUCGGUGUUGAAAUGUCUUUGUUCUCGGUUUCGGUUUCAAGAUAGUGCCGUAUUAACAUGAGUUUCGCAUUAGUCGUGAGGUAUGUGUAAACAAGUGUAAAUGUGAUGACUUUACAAGGUGUCAAGCGAAAAGUUGUCACCGUGAGCGACUUCCGCUUUACGGGACGCCUGCUGGGAAAGGGAAACUUUGCCCGAGUCGAAGAAGCCGUCCAUAAUGUCCUCAAUGUCAAGGUGGCCGUAAAGAUAAUCGAUGUCAGAGAAAUAAAAGAAAAAUACGUCGUAAAAAACUUGCACAGAGAGGCCCGUAUAAUGUCGACAUUGAAUCACCCCUGUAUAGCGUCUCUUUUCCAGACUAUGCAGUUGGCUGAUAAUGUUUACUAUCUGGUUACCGAGCUUGUUUCCGGAGGUGAUCUUUGUUCUUUCAUCAUUGGACAACGAUAUGGGAAGCUGGAAGAACGCCCAGCAAGAGUCUAUGCAAGACAAUUCGCUUCUGCUUUGGCUCAUAUGCACAGUUAUGGAAUUGUCCACAGAGACCUCAAGAUGGAAAACGUCAUGCUGAAUUCCUCUCAGACUCAGAUAAAAAUCGUAGAUUUCGGGCUGAGCAACGUCUGGAGCAGCGAAAAUCCUCUACGAACACACUGCGGGUCCCCGGAGUACGCCGCUCCGGAGCUUUUCAUUGCCGGGAGAGAGUACGGACCGGAAGUGGACCUCUGGAGUCUGGGGAUAAUUUUCUACGGUAUGGUAGUGGGACAACUGCCCUUUGUCGGGGGAAGGAAAAAUCAACUAUCAUCGCAAGAACGCAGAAAACGACUCGUGGCACAAAUCAACAAAGGGAUAGGGUCUUCUCAACGCCAAGCUUUGGCCCCCUUAUCGCCCGAAUUUCGUACAAUGUUAAAUAAACUUCUAGCACCUGAACCGAUGAAAAGGAUAACAACGAAGGAACUUAUCAUCCAUCCGUGGAUCACGGAAAAAGGACGGAAAUGCGUGCAAAUUCAUCCUCUUAAAGAGUUAGAUGACGAUACACGAGCUCAAAUGAGUAAAAAGUUGGGUGAGUUGUUUCAAGUAGACGAGAAUGCGGUCACAACAGAAUUACUUAAAACUCCCUACGGAAGAUUAGGUGGAAUGUAUAAUAUUUUGUACUAUAAACACAUAAAUGAACAUUUUAAUCCUGAACUUAUUGCAACUACAAUACAAAAUUCAACGCCGGAAACAGUUUCUGUUAAACCAAAAUCUGCUUCAUUAGCAAAAUCGCAACAUACCCUUUAUAACCAAUGCAUUGUUUUAUUAAAUAAAGUUUCUAAACAACAAACAGAAGCCAGAUCAAAAACUGCAAAUCCUGCACUAAUGCUCACAAAAAAUAUCGCAAAACUUUCACGACCGAAAGCUGACCAUUCAAGAAUUCAAUCAGCAAAACCAAUUUAUUCAAAAACAAAUUCUAUAGUAAUUAACCGAAGGAUUAAAGAAGAUGCUGUCAAAACAUCAAAUUCGGCUAAAAAAGCAACAUCUUCAAAGCUCCAAAUGAAUGACACAAAACGACGUCCUGCGACCACAGGAACAACACGUCCUGUUUCAAAACCGAUAAAACGUAGCAGUGUGUCACCAGCAAUGCCACCGAUGUGCAAGUCAAGCAACCGAGAAUUUCAACGCCGCCAAAUAUGCCUAAAUCCAGCAGGAAUGGGAGACGCGAUACCCUUAAAAAAAGAACCCUCCAAUGUUGCUUUGCAAAAACAGCGAUCCAAGGAUCCUCUAGUUAAUGAGCCGAUAGCGCGUUCCAUUGCUGGAUAUUUGAUAAAAAAUGUUCCAGAUUAUAUCUUUAACUUACAAACGAUGCGGAAAUAAUGCAGAUGUCGCAUCUAAGUAGGGAUUGUAAGUAAAACUUGAUUUCCUACAGUGUGAAAAAAUUGGUAAAUAAAAUUAUUUUAUAUUA